GUGUCCAGUUGAGGUCCAGCUGGUGGAGUCUGGAGGAGAUGUGAAAAAGCCUGGAGACUCCCUCCGCCUCUCCUGUCGAGCCUCUGGGUUCAACUUUGGAGGCUAUGGCAUGCAGUGGGUGAGACAGUCUCCAGGGAAGGGCCUGGAAUGGGUGGCCUCCAUAAACUACAAUUCAGCUACAAUUCACUACUUGGAUAAAGUGAAGGGAAGAUUCACCAUCUCCAGGGACAAUUCCAGCAGCCUCCUCUAUCUGCAAAUGAACAGCCUUAAACCCGAAGACACGGCUGUGUAUUACUGUGCAAGAGGCACAGUGAGAGGAAGUGAACCUGAAGCCAGACAAAAACCCUCCUUUAAUCAAAACAGAGGA